AUGCCACCAAAAGGUUUUGCAUGGGAAAAAACUACAACAAAAAAGACACCAACCACAACUGAAGACAUCGUAAUUUUUGAAAAGGACAAACCAGUUUCUCUUGAAGUAGAUGAUAAACUUUUUGGAUCUUCCUUUUCAUUGGUAACAAAUCUUUCUACCACCAUCGGAGACUGGAUGAUUAACUCAGCUCUAAGAACGCAACGUCUCCUGGAAACUAUGAGGCCAUUUUUGAGAAAAGUUUUUGGAGUCAAAGGCAUCGUUAUUGAAGCUACAACAAACAAGCCUAUUUUUUCGGAUCCUAAUUCAACAUAAGAAGACUGAUUCUUUUGAAAUAGUAUUAAAAUAAUUUA